AUGAAUGACCCUAGAGAAGAAGUAAUUGAGUCGGCAGAUGGUUUGACUGAUAGUUCAUCGGAUGAACUAGCUGAUUUACAGAAAGAAUUUGAAGUCAGGAGGCAAAAAAUACUAGAAAAGAAAUUGCAAAAGAAAGAUGAUGAAAAGAAGUUAGUCGAAAAGCAAAUUGUCAGGUCACCUUCACCGUCGAGUAAAUCGGCUGCAAUAAUUUACAAGCCUAAGGGUAAUAUUAUUCCGAACCUGUCAGGUAAAACUAUUAACUUGCUGAAGGAAGAUCUGCAAAAGGGUGGUCUAAGUAUAACGCGUAAUGUGAAUAAAGAACCCAGUCAGUUUUUUAGUAAAUUGCAUCAGAGCAGUCAAAUAUCGAAGAAGACUGUUGACUAUGAGAAGAGAGAAUUUUUAUUUGAAAUUCCAGAAUUGCAUGAUCUUGUGGUUGACGAAAAGGAACUGUUUUCUGCGUUACAUUUGAGAAAGCGAUAUAUUAAACAUGAAGAUCUAACGAAAUUAUUUGCCGAAAAAAAGAUCCUAAAAAUAGACAAACUAUAUGCCAAAGUAACAGCACCUGGGUGUCACGAACCUGAUUAUGCUAAUUGGUGUGUAAUCGGAGUAAUAACAAAUAAGUCAGAACCCAAAUUAACCAAGACAAAUUCUAAUGAAAAGAGAUCGAAGUAUAUGAAAGUAACACUAGGUGAUUUAAACUUGUCAGUUGAUCUAAUGAUAUUUGGAGAUGCUUUCAAAAAGUAUUGGAAGUUACGAGUUGGUGAUAUUGUUGCAGUAUUAAAUCCUAAUGUUAACCCAUGGAAGCCACCAUUUAAUGGAUUUAACUUGUCUAUAAAUGACGGAGUCGAUUCCAUAUUAGAGAUUGGCUCUUCGAGGGAUUUUGGUCAUUGUUCAAUGGUCAAGAAAGACCAGACGCGUUGUGAUUCUGUCAUAAACAUUCUGAAAUCUGACCUUUGUAACUAUCAUCAAGAGAUUAAGUAUAAACAAAGCCAAAAUAAACGAAUGGAAUUGAAUGGAAGUGUCAAUUUAAAAUCGCCCACGAAUAAACAAGGUCAAAAACAAUCCAUGUAUUUAUCGACUAAUGCAAAAGGGAAAAUCAGUGGAGGUUACUUGAAUUAUGAAAAGAUUAAUCAACAAACAACGAACUAUCAUUACGAAGGCGGUAAGCUUGAAGAAAGUUUUGUAAACCCUAAGUUACUCGAUAAUAUCCAAGUGAAAAGGCGAAAGCAUAAUGAUAGUAAGAAUAAUGAGCUUCUCGAGAAAAAAUUACUGAAAUUGCUGAAUAACUCAAGCUUUAAAAAACUAGGGUUAAUUAAAAACAACGUUAAUCAACCAGAACCCACCGUUAAUAAGGCAGCAUUCAAUAGUUCGAUUCUCAACAAGAUUGGUUUUGAUCCGACCAGUAGACAAGUCGGCGAGACAAUCCACAAAAGUCCCCAAAAACAAAGGAAGGAGCUCUCUACAGAUUUAAAGGAAUUAUAUGAAAUCAGUAGUCGAAAGCAGUUCAUGCGUAAACUUACUAGUUCCAAAGAGGACCUCGACUCCAAAAAGAACAAAUGGCAGACGAACUUGAAAACGCUAGAGAAAUACAAACAACGCUAUGAAGAGCCAAGUACCUCGGAACCUCGCUUCAAAGAUGACACCAUACUACAAAGCCCCGUGAGAAUGAAGAAACGUAAAAUUGACUAUAGUGACAGCGAUAAUGAUUCCGAACCUGGCCCCAGAGUUCAUACCGGCCAGCCUAGUCGAAUUUCCAAAUUACUUGAAUCUCAAUAUCACAAGCCGUCUACUGUCCACACAAACAAUAAUACUGGCCCAACAAAAUCGUAUUCACAGCCACCGAAACAUGCUCCUGCUAUCCGUUUCGAACUGGAUUCCUCUGACAGCGAUAUCGAGAUCAGUUUCGACAGCCAGGCGACAAAAGAAAACUACAACAAGAUUAUCCGCAAUAGUCAAUGA